ACAGGGAUUUGUGGAGCUUCAUGAUGAACCUGGGCAUCAGUAGGGAGGACCUGGAGCUGUUCCAGCAGGAUGAGAUGUUCCUCGAUGUGGAUCUGGACACUGGCCGAGACUGCCUCCUUCCUGACCUGACAGACGAGAUUCUCUCCUACGUACAGGAGUCUCUGAGGAAGAGGUCGGUCUGGGGUCAGACUGUAUUCUCUUGCAGGUGGGCUAAGUUAGGGGAAAAGGACUAUAGCUGCCCUACCACGCUGAUACACCAACCAUCUAUGGAACAAUCACAAACCCCACAUCUACAUUCUACUACAGUUCUGUUACACCAACCAUCAACCUCACGACCACAUUCUUCUACAGUGCCUCAGUGUCAGUCACAGAUACAGCCACCACAGCUGCCUGUAGUCCAUCCCCUAUCAGUUCACCACUAUCGGUCUCCUCCCCACUACCCACAGCAGCCAAUACCGCAGCAGUGUUUACACACACAGCCCCACCCACAGGCAACACAGCAGCAGCAACAGAGCCAUCUAAAUGGACAGGUAUUGCCAAACCAACAGCAGCAGCAGCUGUGUAACAGACUGAAGCACAUGCAGGUGACUGGGACGGGUUCAAUAACACAAAGACAGAAAGACAUCACCAAGCAGCAGCAGCAGAUUCCUCCAUUGUUCAAUGUGGAGCAGCCAGGGGGGCUCCAGACUCAUCACGGCCACCCCCAGCAUGGGCACCUCUGCCUGGGGGAAGCUUCCCUGGAACUCCCCUACAGGAACCAGCUGAACACUUUGUCUGUUAGCCGCUCUUCCGUGCUCUCCUCCUAUGUACCCACCACGGGCCUCCAGAGCCAGGGGGUGGACGGAGAGCUCAUGCCCCAGAAUUUGGAGGAGUUGCUGGGCAGCCUGGAGUCCAGUGGUCCCCGAGGGACAGAGGAUGGUAGGGGAGCCCUCCAGUGGAGUGUGGUGGAGGCCCUGGGUGUGUUCCAGCAGCAGAGGCACCUCCCUGACGACCUGGCUCAGUCUCAGGCCACCAGCCGGGGCUGCGCUCAGCAUGCCUAUCCCCUGUCUAUGGGGCUCAGCCAGGUCAAUAGAGCAGAGUGGCCAUUCACCACACAGUUCCAGAACGGGAGCCUGAAGGAGGCUGGUCCAGCCCCUGGCCCUGUACCCAACCCUGGGUCCUCCAGGGGGGCAGACCAUGGACAUGCAGCAGCAAAGCAGCCAAUUCACCAGCCUCCUCCUCCCUCUGCUGAGAGCACGCCCUACCCUGACCUCCCUCUGAGUGGAUUUAUGUGAGACUGAAGGCCCUCCUCCCUGGAGGCUCCAGAACCAGACAUUUCAAGGCCAGACAGCUGCCCCCGGUCCUUCGGAGGGAGCAGAGCCCUGACUGACGACAGCACCACACAACAGAGGCUAGAGGGAUAAGGAUCCUCCUGUCUGGCACCCAGCUGCAUAUGGCUCCCCUGCGACCACUAAAACUGUUUCCCAAAUGGGCCCUUGUCAAAAGUAGUGCACUAUAUAGGGGAUAGGGUACAAUUUGGGCUGCUAUCUAAAACAGGAACCAGGGCAUGUCUGGGAAUAUGGAGGACUUGGACUGGAGAUGUCCCGUGUGGAUCAUUUUGUUAGAGCUUGGCACUUGCAACGCCAGGGUUGUGGGUUCGAUUCCCAUGGGGGACCAGUAUGAAAAUGUAUGCACUCACAACUAAGUCGCUCUGUAUCAGAGCAUUUGCUAAAAUACUCAAAUGUAAAAGUGAGAUUCACAUCCAGAGAGACUGUCUGAACGUCAGACAGCAGGCAGAGGGACAGUCCGAGACAGAGAGAUUGUGACAGACAGACGGAGGGAGACUAGAGGAAAUGGAUAAUCAAUCAAAUGUAUUUAUAAAGCCCUUCUUACAUCAGCUGAUGUCACAAAGUGCUGUACAGAAAC